UUUAAAAGGCGGGGGCGUAAGGCGAGGCGUUUUACGUCUGCCUCAGUGAGGCGUAAGCCCCGAGGCACGGGGCGUAAGCCUCAUGGGACUUUAAUUUUUAGUAUUUCAUAAAAGGAUAUAAUUAUAAUAAAUACUUUUAAAUAGGUAAAAUAGCGUAAAAAUUUGAAGAAAACUAUAAAUAUAUGCUCCAUCCUCACAAAAAACUAAUCAGAACAAUCUAUUAUACGCUACUUACAAGCACAAGUGACUGCUCGUUACUUUUUUGAGAUAGUAGAAGACAAGAUAAAUAAUUGGAAAAGAAUAUAUAUUAGGUAUUCUAGCAAUAAAAAAAGGUUGUGACUUAUAAAUUUAAUGUUUCGGUUUCUUUUUAAAAUAUUUGAGUAAUUACUAGUUGACUUUUGAGAAUUUGGGCGUUAUAUUGAGGACUUAUUUAACAAAUUUUGUUUUAAUUUGAAGAAGUUUUCUGGGCUUAUGCCCCAAUUAAAAAAAAAAAAAAAAACUCGCCCCAAACACCCAGAUGUACGCCCCGAAUUGCUAGGCGUACACCUUUUGAGACUUUCACCUCGAACCAUCGCCCUGGGGCAUUUUUGAUACGUCUCUGUUAUACCCCGUACAUUUAUAUGACGAAUUAUCCGCAAGAAAAUCGACUCAAGUUAAAGGCGGAAUUAUUUUCGGAUACGAAAUAGAAAUCGUUAAUUUUCAAUUUUAAUUAAAACAUAAAUUGUGUAUGAAUUUUAUUGGUAUAAAGAUAUUAUUGGAGAUUAGGGGUAAAUUAACUAUGAUUAGAUUAUUAAGUGGGAUUAAAAUUUAAAUCACUUCAUUAAUUAAUUAAGCUUAAGGGGCCAUGUGGGCCCCACCCGAAAAAAAAAAAAAAGGAAUCAAAAUCUGGAAAUUAACAAAACAAGGUGCAAAAGUGAGUCAUCAAAAGGGGGAAUACGUGUAGCAAUAUGGGAUAUAUAUAUAUUUAAUGGGAUGUAGUGCAAAUGACCAUUUUCAAGUCAUUUGUUGGUACACAAAGCUCAAGAGCAAGAAAAACAAAUGCCCAUGGCUGCUCACGGCUAGAUUGGGGCUUAAAAAAAAAAAAAAAAAAAACAGUUUUGUUGCUUAGUAAAAAUUCUAAGGAGAAGACAAGGAGAUAGAGGUGGAGAAGCAAGAACAAGUAUAAAGAUUUAAGACACAAAUUGGAGCCAAGUAUCCAAGGUAAGAAUUGGUUAUUUUCUUUUACAUUUAGAAUGAGUUGGAUGCAUUGUGAAUAUGUAUAAAAUGGUGCAUGUUGGUAUUGAAUGUUGUUGUUGAAAUUUAAAGUUAGCCGUGUGAAGGGCUUAUGUGAAGUAAUGUUUGAAUUUCUUGUACAUGUAUUAAGGAUGGUUUGAAUGAUGUAGUGUGUUUGAAAGGAAUGAAAAUUAUGGAAUUUUGUAUGUAGUUGUGUUGAAGCCGUGUAGGAGUUGAUUUAAGGAGUUAAUGGACUGUUUUAUGUGAUACUUUAGUUGUUGAUUGUUAUGGACAUUGUGGUGUAUUGUUUGCAUUUUAAAUAUGUGAGUUAAGAUGUAAGAGAAAUGAUAUAUAUGGAAGUGGGAAAAACAGUCCAACCGUGGACUGUUUUAUGUAAAUGGAUGGGCUAAUUUAGUUUGAAUGUUGAUUGUUGUUGUCAUGGGUUCUAAAAUAAGAAUGAAGACAUAGAUGGUUAAAAAGUGGAGUUGAAGUCGUUAUGGGCUGUUGUAGGAGUUAGUAUGCUAUUAAUAUAGUCUCUUGCGGUUAUAUAGACAAUGUUGCUAAACAUGUUAUUGUUGUUUGGUUGGAGUUGGACAAUUGCAAGUUAUUGCGAUUUUUGUAAACUUGAUAGAUAAGUGUUGAUCACAAGAAAUUGUAAAUGGUAAUGUUAUGUUGCUGUUUUGGGCCGUGAGCAGGAGUUAUUUUUGAUCAAGCAUGAUAGUUAAUUUUCAGUAGAAUUAUAGUUGUUGUUGUCCCGAACUAUAUGGCGAAAAGAUUGGAAAGUUAAAGUUGGAAUUGUGUUGAUACGAUCAUAUUGUCGCUUUUUUUUAUUGGAUUGAAGGAAUUGAAAGUAUAAGUGUGCCCAUGUAUUGUUGCUGGUAUUUCUGUGUCUACAGGAACACAAUUGGAAAUUUGGAUAGGUGAACCUAUAAGGGGAAGUGCUGCCGAAUUUUCGCCAAAAUGCUAGUUAAUAGAAUACUUAAGUGAGAACAUAUAUAUAGACGGGAAUGUAGGUCCUAUAGAAGAAUGAACUACAGAGUGGCGAACUAGGAAAUAUAGUUACUAACGAUAACGUCACUUUUAUAUAAAUAGGCGAAAAGAGCAACGAGGCAAAAGGGAUUCACGGAUAAUCGUCGACAGGUAUGUAAAGCUAUCCCUUUUCUUCUUUUGGCAUGUCCUAGGUGUACUAGGAUCGGAUUCGAGCCUCGGAAAAUAUUCUGCUCAUCGGAAUCCGCAUUUGAAAAUAUCCCUCUUUCAUUCAAUAGAAUUGAACCUUUUUUUGUAUGCUUUCUUGAAAAUUAUGCAAACCUUCCCCAAACUUUAUGAAAAGUAAUAAAAUGUCCGUAGAACCUUCGUAGGUGACCCCAUAAGCCUAAAAUGCGUAAUUUGAGCCCACCGCCUUGCUUGUCCCAAGGUGGGCCCACUAGUCCCGAUUUUACCCUUAUUGUACUUAAGGCUCGUUUUCGAGCAGUUUUUGGAAAGAAAUGUUCUGACUACUCUUUUAACUACUAAACAAAAAAAAUUGUUUUAAAUAAUUCAUUAAGUCUUAUAAAUUGUUUUGGCACUCGGAACGACUUCAGAAAGGUUAUGCUUCUGUAAUUCAUUAUGACAUCCGAAACUCACUUAUUAUGAUCCCGUCUGACUUCAUUGAAUUGGUUUGUCAUUGAUAUGCCUCAUCGAGUCUCUGAAAAUAUUUAUGAUAUUUUAACUGCAUUUAGUUUCUCACUACUCCACUCGUGGAUGCCCCAAUGUUUCCCACACUGAGCCCGGGCCAGGAUAUGUUGUCAAGCGUAAUCCUCUGCAUUGUUCGCCGUGCCUCGAUGUGAGGGGGCAGGUAUACGUGUACAUGGGUUUGUGGAGUAUGCUGUGCCAUGUACACAUGUUCUGAUAUGAUUUGCCAUGGCCAUCUGAUAUGAUAUACUAUGUUACGGGGUUAUGCCCCUAUUCUGAUUCUUCUGUGUUGUGGCACCAGCGUCGGGAGGGUGGCCACGUUCUGUCUGCCGAGUCCCUUGGCAGGGGUCGGAUUUGAUAUGACAUAUGUUUCUGUACACACUCCGCAUGUUUUGAAAAUAUGUAUUUGAUACUUUGGAUUUUCUACUCACUUUUUCUGUACGUUCUGUACCAGUUAUGAUUUUGUUUCUGUAAUUCAGGCUUUACAUAUUCAGUACAUAUUUCGUACUGACCCCCUUUCUUCGGGGGCUGCGUUUUCAUGCCGCGCAGGUACCGACGACAGGUUUGCUGAUCCGUCCGUCUAGGAUAUUUUUCUGCCAUUUGGAGCGCUCUUUUAUUCAGAGCCCAUCUUUUGUGAUGCCUCCGAAAAAGGCGACGGCCGCCCAGAAGAAAAAGGGCGUGGUAGGAGAGACCAGUCGGGCUCAGAAGGGUACUCGGACCCUUGCUCAGAUGAUGCGUGAUAUUGCGUCCCAGCCAGCAGACUCUACUACGUCUUCAUCAUCAGAGGAGUCUGGAGCACCAGUCGCUGCCACUAGGGGUCGGGGGACGGCUACACCAUUAGCUCCAGAGGCUCCAACGGCCGCGCCUCCAGUUCCCCAGCCAGGGGCAGAUGAUGGUACCCUGCGAGAGGCAGUUCAGCUAUUGACUCAACUGGUAGCGGGGCAGGCUCGCAGACGCUGGCGGAGGGAUGAUGAUGAUGAUGACAGGCGUGACAGCCUGAGGGUUCGAGAGUUCCUAUUAUGUGGCCCCCCAGAGUUUUUUGGGUCUAAGCCCGACGAGGACCCCCAUGACUUUAUUCGGGGGAUGCGACGCUCACUAGACUUGGUCAGGGCUUCAGAGACUGAGUCUGUUGAGUUGGCCUCGCACAGACUACGGGAUGUUGCUGCUCACUGGUAUGAGUCCUGGGAGCUAUCCAGGGGUGAGGGUGCUUCCCCAGCUACUUGGGACGAGUUCGUGGCUGCGUUUACCCGCCACUUUUUGCCCCCAGAGUUACGGCGGGCGCAGGUUGAUCGAUUUUUGCAUCUGCAGCAGAGGGGUCGGAGCGUUCGUGAGUAUAAUUUGGAGUUUGAUUCUCUGGCCCGGUAUGCACCUGCCAUAGUAGCAGACAUGGCCGAUCGGAUGCACAGAUACGUGAUGGGGUUAGACCGUUAUUUGAUUGAUGGCUGUAUGGCGGUGGCAUUGCAGACAGAUAUGGAUAUCGCCCGACUACAGGCCUAUGCUCUGGGUAUGGAGGACCGACACAGGGACGAUUAUUCCAGCAGAGAUCGGGACAGGAGGCCGCCCAAGAGGGCCAGGUCUGCAGGAUAUUCUGGAGAUUCCCGAGGCAGACAGCCUCAGCCGCAGCAGCAGUCUAGCUGGCAUUCUUCCCAGCCGGCACAGAGCACACCUCCGCAGUUCUCAGGCAGGAGAUUUGAUAGCCCAGGGUAUUUAGGAGCAGACCAGAGCUCCGGGGUUUCAGGUUCGCGGGUAGACAGGAGUUCCGGUCAGACGAGGCCACCCAGGCCUCAGUGUUCUUACUGUGGGAGAUACCACCCUGGAGAGUGCUACCGUGCUACAGGUGCUUGUUAUUCUUGUGGCCGCCAGGGCCAUACUGUGAGAGAGUGCCCGUAUAAGGGUAAUUUGGGAGGUGCAGCGCAGCCUACCGGGUCAGUCGCUGGGUCAUCGUCUCCUUCGAUAGCCAUACGCCCUGCGGGGCAGGGUACGUCGACAUCAGCAGGCCGCAGCAGAGGUCGUGGCGGAGCUCCCAGUUCAAGCGGUCCUUCGAACCGCAUCUAUGCCUUGACUAGUCGACAGGACCCGGAGGCGCUACCAAACGCGGAUACAGGUACCGACGACAGGUUUGCUGAUCCGUCCGUCUAGGAUAUUUUUCUGCCAUUUGGAGCGCUCUUUUAUUCAGAGCCCAUCUUUUGGUACAGUCUGUCACUACUGUAUUUAUAUAUUCUCGUUCAUGGGUACGGCGGGGCCCUGUCCCGUCAUAUGAUUCUGUCGGUCUGUUUAGAGGUCUGUAGACAUGUUUGUGGGUUGGGGUCUUUCUGUACGGAUGCGUGUAUAUGUUGUGUUUGGGCGAUCCCAUUCACCGCGGCGGCCGGUCCGCAUAUGUUUAAAUGUUGCUUUGUUGGCCCUGGGUGGUCAUUGUUGGUAUUAUCUGUGCGCAGGGUUAAUUUGGAUAGUCUGUAAAACAAAGGAAACUCUGCCGAAAUUUUUCUGGAAAUUAUCUAAAUUUGAAAUAUAGCCUUGUCGGCUUCUGCUAUAUACUUGAAUGCGUUUGAUAAAAAUUUGAGAUAACAUUUGAUAGAUGUGUUUGGGUGCCCAGAUCGGGCACUAGUCACGGCCUAUGGGGUUGGGUCGUGACAGAAGUGGUAUCAGAGCGGUUUGUCCUCGGAAUGUCUACAGACCGUGUCUCGUAGAGUCUUGUUUAUCGGUGUGUUGUGCACCACAUCUAUAAACAGGAGGCUGCAGGACAUUUAGGGUGUUUCCUUCCUUUGAAUCUUAGAUCGUGCGAUAGAGCUAUGCUAUU